AAAGGGUUUUGGUUUUGGGCUCUUUCCUCAAAAAAUUUGACCUAAAACUUCCCCCCACCUCAGCGCCAUAUCGACGACGAUUUCCCCCUUACCGCAAAUCGAUCGAUAGCUAGCAGUUACUCAUAACCUAAAUCGACGGCACUUUCCAUCAACUGUGCAUACGCACAGCAGCAGCAAGCCUCCAUUCAUUUCAACUUUCAAGUUCAAAUAACUAAGGAAAUGAAUGAAAUUGGAGGGAAAAGGAUUCCAAUCCCCUCGAAUUCAUGUGUUUAGUUUAAUUUGAAUGACCAACAAGUCCUUCCCACAACUUGUAGAGGCUCGAGCCUCGAUCUAUCUCAACUUAUCUCUUCUAUCUUUCAUUUUUUAAGCUAUGGAUUUCACUAGUCAUUUGAGGAAAGUUAAAAGGGAAAGAAAAAAGGAGUAAGCGAAGAAGAAACAAUGGAAAGAAUAUCAAAAAGGAAAAACGACAAAGUUAUGAUAUUAGUAGAGGAAAAACCAGACUCAAAAAAGAGAAAAGCAGUAGUUUUAAGUACAGAAAAAAAACUUGUCGAUGAAAAUGAUGACUCCGAUUUUGAAAUAAGGGAGAAAAAGAGAAAAAAGAAGAAGCAAAUAAAGAAGCAUUUUGAUACAAUGAGAAACAGGUGCUCCCCUGGAGCUUUGCUAUCGGUAAUUCAAGGUUUCAAUGAAGUUCAAAAAGAUUGUGUAGAAGAUAUGGGUUUUGGAGAUCUUUUGAAAAUGAAGAUGACAGAGGUGCCAGGGGCACUAAGUUGCUUUGUUCUUGAGAAGUUUGAUUCGACAACAAAGAAAAUUAUUCUUCAAAGAGGCAAGAUUGAUGUGACUAGAGAAUCAGUCCAUCAAAUCCUUGGAUUUCCAUUAGGAAGGAAAAAGUUUUCGGAACUUCCAUUUAGAACAAUAGAGGAUAAUACUUAUGAGGAAUGGAUACAACAAUUUGAAAACAAGAGCAUGAUUCGACUUCAGGAGAUAAAAAUGAAGAUUGUUUCAUCCAACAAAGCGGAUAUGAAUUUCAAAAUGAAUUUUUUAGCUUUGUUGAUCAACUCUUUGAUUGAAUCAAGCUCUUCAGGAAAAGCAAAUACUUCCCCACUAAAGUACAUCAUGAAGGAUACCAAGAUAAGCAACAUCGAUUGGUGUUCAUAUUUGAUAGAUUGUUUGGUUAAAACCAAACAAUCUUAUGAUCCAUCCAGUUCGACAAGCAAUUUUGUUGGACCAUCUGCUUAUUUAGUGUUGGCUUAUGUAGAUAGUGUCCAUUCUGAGGUCAUUCAAGUUGAAAGAACACGUCCAGUGAUCUGUCACUGGACGUCAGAGAAGAUGAAACUGAGAGAAAGUUAUGAAAAAGAAGAGUUGGGUGAUUUUGGUACCGGAGAGUUUAAUGAAGAGUUUGUUGAAAGAGAUUUGAAUGAGGAGGAUUAUGAAGAAAUGGUUCUGAUGAAGUAUAGAAAGUUACAUAUGUUAACCGAAAAGGGAAUCGAUAAAUUUCCUGAAAAUAUCACACUGAAUCAUUUGAAAGUCCAUUUGGAUACCAUUUUUGAUGAUGAGAAUGAAUAUGAUAAUAAAGAAAAGGAAAAUGAUAAUGUUGAAGGUAGUAAUGAAGAUGAUGAAGAGUAGGAUCAUGAUGAGGUGUGGAGGGCAAAAAUAUAGAUGAAUGACAUGGUAAAAAAGGUUAUGAUGAUAAAGAAGAAGAGAAUGUUGAAGAAGAGCUUUGGAGAGAGAAUAUAGAUGAAAGAGCAGAUAAAAAUGUUGAUAAUAAUGAAAAAGAACAGAAUGUUGAAGGAGAAGGUUUAGAGGGAAGAAUGUUGGUGAAGGAGAAGAUAUUUAACAUUAUUUUGUGUUAAAAAUUGUUUUUGUAUUAAUUAUUUUAAAGUCUUGCCUGUAAUUUGUACAUUUUAAAGUCUUUUUG